AGCAAAGAUGAAAUACCUUCAGAAUGAGCUUCAAAAACAAGAUUAAUUAAAUAGUAUUUAUUCACAUAAAACUUAGAAUCAUUGGAAUAAGAAUAAUAAUAAAAAAAAUUAGUGAGUAGCUUUCGUAAAAAUUGUAUUUAUUCAUUUUAUACCUCUAAGCAAACAAAGAGAAAUUGAAGGUCCGUUUUUAAGGUGACUACUAUGUUCGAGCAAGAACAGAGCAUUGA